AUGGACAAGGUCAUCAUCUUCGAGCGCGGUGAUCUUGUCUUUGCCUUCAACUUCCACCCUUGCAACAGCUACGAGGGCUACCAGAUCGGAACUCACUCGGAUGAGCCCAUGCGUUGCGUCCUGGACACGGACGAGGGCAGAUUCGGUGGCCAUAUGCGUCUGGAUUAUGGUCAUGGACACCCUUUUCCACCUUUGCAUGGGCUGGAUAAGCGCCCACAUUCCGUCAAGCUGUAUAUGCCCUCCCGCACAGCACAGGUGCUUUGCAGGCAAAGCAGGCUGGAGGGUGGAGUGCACGUCUAUGUUGAAGACAGCUUCCUGGGCCAGUACGAUCUGGAGAGCGCAGACGGCCUCAAGCUGUCUCUAGUGAUCCAGAAGGACGGGGCUGAGGAGAUGUUGGAUUUUGACUUUGAGGAUGGGGCCGUUCAUUUGAAAGAGAACUUCGACGCAACCUUCGACAUUGUCACGGCAGACAACUGCAUCCUGCCUUGCAAGGCCUCCAAGGAUACCAG